AUGGCGAGCACUGGCUGCAUUUCCAAGUUUCCUGAGCAUGUCCAAGAGCGCGACGGGCGGCGUGUCAUCACAGGCGAGAUUGACAUUGAUGCGGAUGUAGGUUGGUGGGUUGGCUAUGAAGCUGCAUAUAUUGCCCCCCUAUCCCUAGACGAGAUAUGUAUGGGACGGGGCUUCUCCAACAUGGUAACAUACAACGGUCCUCCUGACAUCAACUCCCCGCAAAAUGGAAUCUUACCUCUAUCUAACAUCCAUCAGCUAUGGGAUAAUCAUUCUACUGCCGUCAAUCCCAAUGCUGGUUACAAAGUUAUGAGUUUUCAGCCCCAUGCGUGGCAGUAUCAUGGGUACCUUCUCGACCCCGUUUGUCGCCAGCCUGAUGAUGCAAGGCGAGUCAUUGACGGACUGCUCCGUUGGCAUUUCGAGCAGGCGGUCCUUUAUAAUAUGCGGGGUGUUGGCGAGGCAGCUUUUGAGUUUUGA